GGGGCGGCCCCAGCGCGCGCACCUGCGGCCACCUCCAUCCCCCCGUCGGAUGCGCUCGGGGCGCCGCGAAGCCCGGCAUGGCCACCCCGCCCAAGAGAAGCUGCCCGUCCCCCGCGACCGGCUCGGAGGGAAGCCGCAUCAAGAAAAUCGCCAUCGAGGGGAACAUCGCUUCAGGGAAGACAACAUUUGUGAAUAUCCUUAAACAGGUCUGUGAGGAUUGGGAAGUGGUUCCUGAACCUGUUGCCCGUUGGUGCAGUGUUCAAAGUGCUCAAGGUGACUGUGAGGAACUGACAACAUCUCAGAAAAGUGGUGGGAAUGUUCUUCAGAUGAUGUAUGAGAAGCCUGAACGGUGGUCUUUUACCUUCCAGUCAUAUGCGUGCCUCAGUCGAAUAAGAGCCCAGCUUGCCUGUCUUGAUGGCAAGCUCAAAGAUGCAGAGAAACCUGUAUUAUUUUUUGAACGAUCUAUAUAUAGUGACAGGUAUGUCUUUGCAGCUAAUCUGUAUGAAUCUGAGUGCAUGAAUGAAACAGAGUGGACAAUUUAUCAAGACUGGCAUGACUGGAUGAAUCACCAAUUUGGCCAAAGCCUGGAACUGGAUGGAAUCAUUUAUCUUCGAGCCACUCCAGAGAAAUGCUUGAAUAGAAUAUAUUUACGGGGAAGAAAUGAAGAACAAGGCAUUCCUCUUGAAUAUUUAGAGAAGCUUCACUAUAAGCAUGAGAGCUGGCUACUUCAUAGAACACUGAAAACCAACUUUGAUUUUCUACAAGAAAUCCCUAUCUUAACUCUGGAUAUCAAUGAAGACUUUAAAGACAAACACGAUGGUCUUAUUGAAAAGGUCAAAGAAUUUUUGAGCACUUUGUGAUUUUGCUGAAGACUAAAGGCAGCCAAGUGAUUCUAGAUACUUCAGCUUUGUGUAUCUUCAUAGCUCGAUAUUCAUACAAGUCUCUAGAAAACUCAGGUUUUUUACCAUUUUUUUUUUUUUGUCAUUUUUGUUCCAAGAAAAAAAUUGUUUUGAUGAAUUCUGUAUAAAAGUUUAUGAGCAAUUUCAUUUCUUUUUGGCUUUUUAAAAAUAAAGACAUCGAAUUAUCUCUCACAACAAGAAGUCUGGAGGUAGAUGGUUCCAGAGUAAGUACUGGCUGAACUACAUCAUGAAAGGACCCGGCCUCCUCCUGUCUUUCCCUUCUAUUACUUUCCUAGGCAGGUUGGCUUUUUUUUUCUUCCCCCUGGUGCUUCUUAUUUCACUGGUGAACAGUUUCUUAAGUGGGAACUUUAAUGUUACAUAGUAAGUGUUAGUGUGUGCUGUAUAAAUUAAUGCACCGAUUACAAGUUGGAAAGUGGAAUUUAAGAAAUCCCAAAAAAAGGAUUAUGAAGUUUUAUUUUAAAUACUUUUGAUCAAGCGUCUCUCCUUCCAUCUUAAUUUAUGUGGAAGAUAAGAUCAGUUUAGUAUUUAAUCACUUCAUUGAUAUUUAUGAAUGUAUCUAUAAUUCAUUAAUAAAGGAGCAGGUCAGACUUUGUUCCCAUUUUGUAAUGGCAUAACCUAUCGUAUAAGUAAUUAAUCUUUAUUCUGCUUUUGUUUUUACAUUUGUGGUAUGGGUGAGACUUGUCUUUUUGCAUGGGAUUUUAGAAGAUUAGAGAGGAAAUGAUAACAUGUUUCUGUAUUUAAAAGAUAAGUGUAAAGAUUCAAUUUAUAUGGAGCUUAAAAUAGCUGCCUAUUUUUUUCUCAGACCAUUCUCUUAGAGUGUAUAUUAAACUUAUAGUUAAAAGAUUGGUUUAAAAUAUGAUUGCCUAUAAUUUGUUUGAGGUGAAAGUAUGGUUUUCCCUAAGUUUCUUUCCAUUUUUAUUGGUAAAAAUUUAGUGGAACAUAGCAAGGGAUAAGUUUUUCCAUUUUAUUUUUUGUCGACUCUACUGGGAGUGAGUAGUUUCUCAUCUUUACCUUUAUACUUACUUAAGAGGUCAAAAGAGAAACUGAAGACAAGGUAGAUUAUCUUCUUAGAUGCAUCAUCUCUUUUAUCCUAGCUCUAACUUCCUUCCCUACCUGCUUUCCUUACUGUCUGGAUUAAUUAGGCAGCCUGCUACUUUAUUAUUAUUUUUUGUUUUUGUUUUUAUUUAUUUUUUCGUAAUUUCUAUACCCAACGUGGGUCUCCAACUCAUAAUACCAAAAUCAUGAGUUGCACACUCUUCUGACUGAGCCAGCCAGGCACCCUGACAGCCUGCUGUUUUAAAGCUUAAAUGAAAGUCACACGUUUCUACUUUUGAGAACAUGAUCACUUUUCACUUCACAGUUUGCUUUGCUUCUCUGUAGGGGUUAUACCUUCAGUUUUUUCCUCUUUUAUAUGUUCUGUAUCUUGAAAGUAUUAUCAUUUUUGUUAAAUAUAUAUUAGGAAACAUAUGUAAUAAUAAAGAAUACAAGGGGGUAGAAUAGUUGUAAUUUUUAAAACUGCAUGGAUUCAUUUUAGGUCUGUAGAUAAAGGUUUUUCUCAAGUUUGCUUAGUUAAGGUGUGCAGUGUUUUUCUAUGUAACCUUUCUACUUGAUGUUUUAGAAAAAUUCUGUUUUUGAAAUGAGAAGAGUCACUUUGACUUUGAAACUAUCAUUUUCCUUUUUAAAAUGUAAUUUUUUGUUUUGUGUUUUUGAUAAUUAAAGAUGAUAAUUUUGUAGGUUAAACAUUGUAGAUGCACUGAUCUUGAGACUUUGUCUCAAGUCCUAUACUCACCAUGAAUAUUGAAACCAUUUCAUGAUAUUGUAUGGGGUUUUUUUUUUGUCUGUAUUUGAUACAAAUGAAUUUGUUUACUAAAUAUUAGUUUAGUAAAUAAGUGUAAAUCUCAUGAACUGUGAUGGAGCUAUACUCAUUGAAAUGAUUAUAUCUUUUUAAAAUUAAAAUUUAUCCUACUUUUGAAAAAAAUAUGAAUAUAAAACAGUGACAAUGGUUUAAAUAAAUAACAUCGAUUCUGUUUUAAGUGAAGACAUAAUUUGGAGAUUUUUAGUGACUUCUAGAAAUGUUUAAUUUAAUGCCUUUUUAAAAUCUGUAGAAUUGAAAAAACCUUUAAAAUUUUUUUUGUUAAGAUUCACAAUAAAAGCUGUACCAUUGGUGGGUACAAGAGUAUUGAA